CUAUAAAUAAAUAUGGUUUGUUAAACACACUGUCCCACUGGCGAUUAAACAUUGAAACAUUCAUUUGAAAAUUUGAAGUAGUUUUCUGUAUUUUUGAUCACUAAUCGUUGACCUCAAAUAGUGUUAUACAAAGGCUUGAUUAGAAAUCGUGAGUAUAGAAAAGUGACUGCAGGAAACUUGCUGGUUCAUAUGUACUUUCUGAUACGCACACGUUAGUCGCAUGUAGGCUAGCUCCUGCUUAAAUAUAUAUCGCGUCGAGUUAUAUUUAUAUCAGUCUUGUAUAUACAAUUCAAUAACAUUGUAAUAGUCAAGGAUCUAUACAAUUAGAUUAACGUGACCUAUCUCAAGCGUCGAAUUGAUAUGUAAUUGUGCCAUUUUCUUCUAUUCAUUUAACAAAAUUGGCGCAAACUCCUUCAAAUACCAUUAAUUUUAGUUUGGGAAUAUAGUAUAGCAUCAUGGAGGUCAAAUUGAAACUACGAAAGAUUAUGUAUCUUUGUUUCGCGAUUUCCUUCUUCGUGAGUGCUGUUGUAUCCUGUGGAAUUUGCAUGACGGCAAUAUUGGUAUUCGUUUGGCCCUUCAACAAGAAAAUGUACAGAAAACUUACAUCGUAUUUAGGAUACACCAUGUUUGCACAGGCUGUUUUUAUGUUACGUUGGUGGGCUACAACUGACCUCAAGUUGUAUGUAGAUAAGGAGGUUUAUAUGAAAUAUUUGGGCAAAGAGCAUUCGCUGUGUAUUUUGAAUCAUAGCGGAGAAUUGGAUUGGAUUAUUGUUUCGUCUUUAUUAGACAAAUUCAAUAUUUUAGGGAAUGUAAAGGCUUAUAUGAAAAAUGCUGUGAAAUUCAUACCAUUUGUGGGAUGGGGCUUUUACUGCUGCGAGUUUAUUUACUUAUCUAGGUCCUAUGAGAAAGAUAAGAUUAUUUUAGAAAAGUCUGCCCGAAAUCUAUCCGAAUAUGAAGAUCCGAUAUCGAUUCUUUUAUUCCCGGAAGGUACUAGGUUCAGUCCAAAGAAACAUGAAGCUGCUUUGAAGUUCUCUAGAGAAAGAGGAUUGAGAGAGCUUAAGCACCAUUUGGUUCCACGCACGAAAGGCUUCACGACAAGCGUGCCUUAUAUGAGGGGCAAAAUCCCAGCUGUCUACGAUAUUGAAAUUGCCUUCGAUGGAGUCAAACCAACAAUCACAAACAUGAUCAAGGCCAGAAGAUUUAUUGUCCACAUGUACAUUAGACGGAUCCCCAUGGAGGAAAUUCCGGAAACGGAAAAGGAUCAAGAAGUAUAUUUACAUGAUAUGUUUUAUCGGAAGGACAAAUUGAUCGACAGUUUUAGAAAUACUGGAGAUUUCUUUAAAGAGUCUGGAAUUGAACGUUACGAGCCAAUUACUAUGGAACCACACAUAAAUUCACUCUAUAACUCAAUAUUUUGGUUUAUAUUUUCAUUAUCGCCGAUCAUCUAUUUUCUUAUCAAACUAUUUCUGAAUGGUCAGUUCUUAUACAUUUGUCUAUUCGUAGCUGCAAUUGGAUUUAGUUUUAACGUACUUAAUAAAAGUGUGGACAACAUGGAAGUUAAGGACACUAAGGUCAAAAAUAACAAUAUGGAAGUAAAAGCCAAAGCCAAAUAAAACGUUUUAAACAAUAUAAAAACAUUCUGUCCAA